CUCACUCCCAGUCCGCUCUCUCGAGUCCAAGCGAAGCUCAGGUUCCCCGCUCGGGUAUAAAACCUUCGGCGAGGAGACCCGAAGCGAAGAGGGCAAGCGGAGAAGACGGCGAGGCACCUUGGGAGGAGACGGCAGGAGGGGGGAAAGGAGCCGAAAGCAAACGGAGAGAGGGAAAGAAGGACGCGGAGACGCACCACCCCGCCCAAGCAGAAAGGGAAGCCUUGCGAAGCCCGAAGGUGUGCGAAGCCCGCGACGCACCACGGAGAGCCGAAGUCCCUUGCAACUGAGACGGGAGAUUGGACUGCAACUCCAAAAUGCAGAAACAGCAAGAACGAUGUCAGAUAUUUACAGUUGUCCUCUUCACAUUUAUUGUUCUGCUAGCAGCUGUGAGCACUACUGAGGCUGGCAAAAAAGAAAAACCAGAGAAGAAGGUGAAGAAGUCUGACUGUGGGGAAUGGCAGUGGAGUGUAUGUGUUCCCACUAGUGGAGACUGUGGGCUGGGGACCCGCGAGGGAACUCGCAGUGGAGUUGAUUGCAAACAAACAAUGAAGACCCAAAGGUGUAAGAUCCCCUGCAACUGGAAGAAGCAGUUUGGAGCGGAGUGUAAAUACCAGUUCCAGGCAUGGGGAGAGUGUGACCUGAACACUGCUUUGAAGACUCGAACCGGGAACCUGAAACGAGCUUUACACAAUGCAGACUGCCAGAAAACUGUCACCAUCUCCAAGCCCUGUGGAAAGCUGACCAAACCCAAACCUCAAGAACCCAAGAAAAAGAAAAAAGAAGGCAAGAAACAAGAGAAGACACUGGAAUAAGGAAGCUGUACUGUGCUGCGUGGGAAAGGGACUUCCUCGAAUGUAAUCAGUUAACAACUUUCAUUGACCCCCUAGGCAAUUUAUGCAGGCAUUAUUUAUAGCUUAAUUGUACAAUAGGAAGGGGGGGGGACAUACAAAUAUGCCCUCUUUUUCUUUUUUUAUUUUUUACACUAGGAUUUUAAAGGUAUAAUCUUAACCGCAUUUGUAGAAAUCUGCAACGAAGGGCAGUAAUGUCAUUUAGUAGUUGAUGAUGACUGUGUAUAUGGAAAAGUGUAGAUUCAUUGUGAACUUCCCCUUUCCCUCUCUGAGUUGGAUCUUCAAGCCUGGCUCCACACAUUCAGGGCAGGAUUUAUGACCCUUGUGAACCUCCCGAGACCUGCCCUGUAGAGGUUCUAUGAUGUCAUAAUGGGCUGUCCAGAGUGCUGAGGCUCUGGCCACUUUGUGUAAAACAGAUUGAUUUUUUUUUCAUUUGCAGGGAGGGGAACUGUUAAGUUUUAUAAUAGCAAGAGUGGGUCUCUGUCCCCAGAUUGUACCUGCACUGAAAUCACUAACUUGGUUGUAAUUUACACCUUUUAAUAAAACAAUUUAAGGACUUAA